AAAAAUACUAAUAAACAAGACAGCAAAAAUUUGUGUAUAAAUACCCAAAGCAAUUUUGCAAUUAGACACAGUUUAACAAGUUUAUUCUACAAAGCUUAAUUAACCAAACAAAAAAUGUAUAAAUUCAUCCUUAUUGCUGCCUUUGUUGCCUAUGUUGGCGCUGCUGCCAUCUCCAGCGACGAUGAUGUUCAUGCCGAAGUCACCAAUCUAAAAUCAGAUGUCAGAGCUGAUGGUUUUGAAACAGCUUUAGAUACCAGCAAUCAUAUCCAUCAAGCCGCUUCCGGUGAUGAACAUGGCAAUAUUCAUGGUGAUUUCGAAUGGGUUUCUCCCGAAGGUGAACACAUUAAGGUUUCGUAUGUGGCCGAUGAGCAUGGUUACCAACCCGUUGGUGAUGUUGUACCCACACCUCAUCCCAUUCCCGAGGCUAUCUUGAAGUCUAUUGCUUACAAUGCAGCUCAUCCCCAAAAGGAAGAAAUUCAUCAUUAAUAAAGAUGAAUAUUAAAUAACAUUUUUGCUUCAAACUGCCAAUAAAUUGCACAUAAAAUAA